AUGGCUUCUCAACCCUUGACCUCGUCGAUGCAGCCCACAGACGUAUAUGGUGGAGACGAAGUAUCAGCAAUUAUCCUCGACCCGGGCUUCUCAAGCGUACGAGCUGGAUUCGCGGGGGAAGAUACUCCCAAAUCCUUCUACACCUCCUACUAUGGAGUUGCCGGCGACCGAACGAUAUUCAGCGAUGAAGACAUUCACAACCCAUUGAUUAAGGAUUUGGAGAUUCGCAAUCCUAUGUCGAAAGACGGAGUGGUGGAAGAUUGGGACGCGGCGACCCAGCUUUGGGAAUAUGCAAUCACUUCACGCCUCACAAAAUUCAAGCAAGGAGAUCCUCGAACGAAUGGGCUAAAUGAUAAGGAUGCUGAUGUGGAAAUGGACGCCGCUGAGGACGAAGAGAAGCCGCUGGAGGAGCAUCCUCUGUUGAUGACAGAAACAGCCUGGAACAGCAGCAAGAACCGAGAAAAGUCGAUUGAGAUUGCGAUGGAGAAUUGGGGUUGCCCUGCAUUUUGGCUUGCGCGGAACAGUGUCAUGGCGGCGUUUGGAGCUGGACGCGCGACAGCUUUGGUGAUUGAUCUGGGAGCUUCUACGGCGUCUGUAAUGUGCAUCCAUGAUGGUCUCAUCCUCAAAAAGAGUGUGCAGAAAUCGAAUGUGGCAGGCAACUGGGUAUCCUCUCAGGUUCGAUCUCUUUUCAACAAUAGCGAACCCAAGGUCGAACUCAUUCCACAUUACAUGAUCUCUGCGAAAACUCCCGUCGAUGCCGGUGCCCCCGCGCAGGCUACAUUUCAAAAUUUCGACCACAAAAUAUCAGACAGCUUCCGCGCGCUGGAGGAGGAGCGGGUCAUAUCAGAGUUCAAAGAGUCAGUCGUUCAGGUAUACAAUGGACCAAAUCGCCUCAAUUCUACACACCCAUCAGGGAUACCAAAUAUUGAGAAUGUCAAGGCAAUGCCAGGUCGUGUUUUCGAAUUUCCGGAUGGCUCGAAUCAGAUGUGGGGCGCAGAUCGCAUGAGUGUCGUGGAGGGUAUGUGGGAUGAGCGAGCCGCGCUGCCUGUUGCUGGAGAGCCUGCCUUGACGAAGGCUCAGACAAUCCCAGAAAUGGUCAAAGCUUCCAUUUCUGGAGUUGAUAUGGAUCUGCGAGCCGCACUUCUGCAAAAUGUUGUUGUCACAGGUGGUACCACUUUACUGCAAGGUUUCACUGACCGCCUACACAACGAAAUGGUGAACAUGUAUCCAGGUGCUAGAAUCAAGAUCCAAGCAGCUGGAUUGACAACCGAGCGAAGAUUUGGCAGCUGGGUAGGAGGCAGCAUCUUAGGAAGUUUGGGAACAUUCCACCAAAUGUGGAUUUCAAGAAAGGAAUAUGAGGAAUUUGGAGCGAGCGUGGUUGACAAGCGGUGUAAAUGA